AUGGCGCAAGUCCCCCCUCUUCCAAACAUGCCGCGCAUGCCAGCGGGCGGGCCUGCGGGCCUGCGGGCACUGGGCGCGCUCACCGCGGGCGCCGUCGGCCUGUCCUCAGCCUACCGCUACGGCCUCUUCAACGUGGACGGCGGCCACCGCGCCGUGCUCUUCAACCGCGUCAUGGGCGUGCGCGAAAACGUCUACGGCGAGGGCACCCACUUCCGCAUUCCCUUCAUCGACAUGCCCAUCGUAUACGACGUGCGCGCAAAGCCGCGCAACAUCCAGAGUCUCACGGGGUCGCGCGACUUGCAGAUGGUCACCAUCACACUGCGCGUCCUCAGCAGGCCGGACGCUAUGAAAUUGCCCGCCAUUUACCGCACCCUGGGCACGGACUGGGACGAUCGCGUCCUCCCCAGCAUCGUCAACGAGGUCCUCAAGUCGGUCGUCGCCCAGUUUAACGCGUCCCAGCUCAUCACCCAGCGCGAGCAGGUGUCCAAGCUGAUCUCGAGAAAUCUCAAAGCGCGCGCUUUGGAUUUUAACAUCCUGCUCGACGAUGUGUCCAUCACGCAUUUGUCGUUCGGGAAGGAGUACACGGCCGCUGUGGAGGCCAAGCAGGUCGCCCAGCAGGAGGCCGAGCGGGCGCGAUUCAUCGUGGAGAAGGCCAGGCAAGACAAAAAGUCGGCUAUCAUCCGGGCCGAGGGUGAGGCGCGGUCGGCGACGAUGAUCGGGGACGCAAUGAGGGACAACCCGGCCUUCAUCCAGCUGCGCAGGAUCGAGGCAGCCAGGGAUAUCGCUGUGACAGUACAGCGGUCGCAGAACCGGGUCUAUUUGGACGCCGAUACGUUGCAGCUCAAUUUGGGAGCAAUCGAGUCGAUAAAAGAGACGUCAGUGGCGGCGCCGAACGUUGAGAGCGAAAGGAAGGAGGCGGGACAGGCGGGAUGGUUGAAGUAA